UUCUAGAGAACCGGUCCGUAAAAGAACCCACAAGUCCUCAAUCUUCACCACUCGUCUGAACCUAUAUGCUAGUUUCUUUCUCCACCGGUUUUUCUCCAUCAGUUGGUGCUUAUUGGCCUAGGGUUUUAGUUGAUCCUCCUAGAUAUUCAAGGUUGUUGCAGAGAUUCAUCCAACGGAAGCAAUAAGAGCUUGGAAUCAGGUUAACUGGGACGAGAUUAUUGCAAUUCUCUCCAUUGCUGCUGGUGCUCAUAUCUAGUCGAAAAGCUGUAAAGAUAAUUUGAGGAGCUAACGAAAAAUUUAGUUAUCUAUAUAAAGAGCCUGAUGUACCUAUGUACUUAGGAAGCGAAACAGAAGCUGGAACUUGGAACUGCGAGGUUUGAGGUCUUGAAACGGAACGACAAUCGCAUCGCACAUACAAACACUUUUUUUAUGUAAACGCAUAUCUCAAUUGAAAAUUUAUUGAAUAAAAGAUUUUUGUGACUUAAGACAGUGAAUAUGGACCAUGGUGUUGAAGUAUUGCCCUCUAUAAGAACCAAGGAAAAGGAUGAAUGGAAAAGUAGGCAGAUUCCGUCAAGGAUGCCCUCUAGAAUUGCUCAAAUUCGCCUUGUAAAUGGGCAUCCAGAGGUUUAUGAACCCUGUGAUGAUUCCUUUGCUCUAGUUGAUGCACUCUUGGCUGAUCGAAAAAAUCUUUUAGAGCAUCAACCCAUGUUUUGCAUGGAAGUUGGUUGUGGUAGUGGUUACGUCAUUACAUCUCUAGCGAUCAUGCUAAUGCAGGAGGACAGUGCUGCAAGUGUCAGCUAUUUUGCUACGGAUAUUAAUCCACAUGCUGUGAGAGUUACAAGUGAAACUUUGAAGGCUCAUACAGUCCAUGCAGAGGUACUAUGUGAUAAUAUUGCAUCGUCAGGGCUGGAAAAAAGGCUGUGGGGGAAGGUUGAUGUGAUGGUUGUGAACCCACCAUAUGUACCAACUCCAGAAGAUGAAGUAGGUCGUGAUGGAAUUGCUUCUGCUUGGGCUGGAGGGGAAAAUGGACGGACUGUUAUUGACAAAAUACUACCUGUUGCUGACAAACUCUUGUCCAACAAGGGUUGGUUGUACAUGGUUACACUAGCAGCCAACAAUCCUUCACAGAUAUGCCUUGUCAUGAAAGAAAAAGGUUAUGCAUCUCGUAUAAUAGUUCAGAGAUCAACAGAGGAAGAGAGCCUCCAUGUUAUCAAGUUCUGGAGGGAUCCUGAUCUUCAAGUUGGAGAGCCAAAGGAUCGAUCAGUGGCCACAAUGCAAAGAACAUCAUCUGCUGGAUUGACGGAUUCUAUUUUCCUUCAAUUUCCCCGUAUGCCUUUUUGGAGGAACGGUAACAGUAGCACUUCAUAGGAGAGCCUGGUGAUAUUUCAUUCUACUUGUAUUGGUUGUUAGCAGGAUUGACAGGAUGGGGGAUGCACAUUUUUAAUUCCCUCGUCUGUAAUGAUGCAGCUCGUGGGGUUUAGGUGGGGUUUAAUGUCAGACAACAUUUUGUUAUUUAAUUAGCUUUUAGGUUAGUUUUUUA